CACAUUGCGCACACAAGAAUUUCUCCUCAGAUACCGUUACAUUGUUUUUGUUUUAUACCUUCUGGAAUGAGAGUCUAGGGUCACUAAGCUCCUCCCUUCGGCGUUAUAUUACACACGUGGUUCUUCAUUCUUCAUGAGAAAAGCCAGCCUGGUUAUUAGCACAAAGUGGAGCCCACAAAGCACACUAUUUUUCUUUUCUUCUCACACCCUUUCUUGUGUUUUCAGCUAUCAUUUUGGGGGCGUUGCUGAUGAAUUUCAGAAGUUUCUCAUUGCCAAAAUUACACUUUAUUCCGUGACGGCAAAAAAGAAAGGUCAAUGGCCCCCAGAUCAGGGAAAGGGAAAUCUAACAAAGCUAAGGCCUCGAAGAAGAAAAAGGAAGACAAAGCAAUAAUAGAGCCUUCCUUAGUUGACAUAAUUGUGGUCACCCCAUAUGACUCACAAGUUGUUCUCAAGGGUGUAUCUACUGAUAAGAUAAUUGAUGUGAGAAGGUUGCUUGCUCAGAAUGUGGAGACAUGCCACUUUACCAAUUAUUCUCUAUCACACCAGGUGAAGGGGCAGAGACUAAAUGACAGAAUACAAGUUGUCACUUUGAAGCCAUGCUUUCUGAGAAUGGUUGAGGAGGAUUAUAGAGAGGAGUCCCAAGCAGUUGAACACGUGCGCCGACUAUUGGAUAUCGUUUCCUGCACAACAAGGUUCUCCAAGCCCAAACCCAACCACAAGCCCAAGAAGAAUGGAAAGGCCCAAUUAGACAACAACAUCAUUUCCAGCUCACCGGACAAACCCAACGGCGGCAACGGCGGCGGCAGGCGUGCCCUCCACCCAGCGCCGAUGCUCUCAACAUUCUACGACUUCUUCUCAUUCUCUCACCUCUCUCCUCCCAUUUUACAUUUGAAGAGGCGUGAGCUGAAGAAUGCAGAUGAAAGACGUGAGGGAGACUACUUUGAACUUCAGAUUAAGAUAUGCAAUGGGAAGGUAGUAGAGGUGGUUGCAUCAGAGAAAGGGUUCUACUCUCUUGGAAAGCGAUCCCUUCGGACCCACUCUUUACUUCAUCUUCUCCAACACCUCACCAGAGCUUUCGCUAACGCAUAUGGCGCUCUCAUGAAAGCUUUUCUUGCACGCAAUAAGUUUGGGAAUCUUCCACUUGGGUUGCGAGCUAAUACAUGGCUUCUCCCUCCAUCUACUUGGAACUAUCCUGCUGAUGAUGAGGAUGAAUACUGUGGCGGUCAGGGGCGAAAUGGUCAACAUGAUCUUAGGCCAUGGGCUAAAGAGUUUGCUAAACUGGCUUGUCUUCCUUGUGAAACUGAGGAGGAGAGAGAGGUCAGAGAUAGAAAAGCAUUUCUGCUUCACAAUCUGUUUCUUGACACCUCAAUAUCUAAGGCUGUUGCGGCUAUAAACCACGUAAUAACAUCCAAGUUGAAGUGUUCUCCGGGUUCAAUCGUGCAUGAGGAUUAUGUAGGGGACCUAUCCAUUGUAGUCAAACGUGAUGCCGCAGACACUAUCCUUAAGCAUGAUGAUAGUAAGAAGGGGGAGCAAGCACAGAAGAAUUUACUCAAAGGAUUGACUGCAGAUGAGAAUGUAAUUGUGCAUGAUACUGCUUCGUUGACUGUUGUUGUUGUACAGCUCUGCGGAUACACUGCAACGGUGAGGGUUGUGGGUGAUACCAACAUGAGCAAGUCUGAACCUCAAGAUAUUGAAAUAGAUGAUCAGCAAGAUGGUGAGGUUAAUGCUCUCAAUAUCAACAGUUUGAGGCUACUGCUUCAUCACCAGUCUGCAGUUGAUGCUGAUCAAUUGGAAGGGUCUGUGACAUCUCUAUCAAAUUUGGAUGAUUCUGAUUCUUCUAAAUAUCUAGUUCGGAAGAAGGUUCAAGAAUCCUUGGAAAAGUUAAAGGAGGAGGCAGUUCUUCCUCAAAGGUCCAUUCGAUGGGAACUUGGUUCCAGUUGGAUACAGCAUCUGCAGAAACAGGAAAUAUCAAAAGAUAAUAUUUCCAAAAAAGAUAGUGGCAAUGAAACUGCACAAAAUAUUAAUGGUCUUGGAAAGAAGUUUAAAUCAUUGAAGAGGAGGGAAAAGGAAGAAACCAGUAUAGGUGGUACAGAUUUGACAGCGCCAAAUGAUUACCAACUUGUGCAUGUGAACGGGUCAUCUGAUAAAGUUGAAGCAGUCACUGAUGAUUUAGAAAAUUUUACUGAGUUGAAGAAACUUCUUUCUCACACAGCAUUUUUGCAUCUUAAGGUAUCUGGUACUGGUCUUCAUUCAAAGAAAGUUGACGAGCUGAUUAACAUGGCACACAAUUAUUAUGAUGAAAUUGCUUUGCCAAAGCUGGUUAUGGAGUUUGGUUCGCUUGAGAUUUCCCCGGUUGAUGGCCGCACACUAACGGAUUUUAUGCAUUUAAGAGGAAUACAGAUGGCAUCAUUGGGUGAAGUGGUAAAACUAGCAGUGGAUCUCCCACACAUUCAAUCACUUUGUAUCCAUGAGAUGGUUACACGAGCUUUCAAGCAUUUACUUAAAGCAGUAAUUGCCUCGGUUGAUUAUGUGGAAGACUUAUCUUCAGUUAUUGCAUCAACGUUGAAUUUCUUAUUUGGAGGCUUCCAAAUGAGGCCGUCUGACCAAACAAAUCUGAGUGAUGAUCAUUAUCUCAGAAUUGAGUGGCUCCGUGUAGUUAUAUCCAAAAAAUUUGGAUGGACAUUAAACGAUGAGUUUCAGCAGUUGAGGAAAUUAUCAGUUCUCAGAGGGCUCUGUCACAAGGUUGGAUUGGAGUUGGUUACGAGGGAUUAUGACUUGGAUUCUCCCAUGCCCUUCAAGAAAUAUGAUAUUAUCAGCAUGGUUCCUGUUUGCAAGCAUGUAACAUGCUUCUCCGUAGAUGGACGCAAUUUGUUAGAAUCAGCCAAAAUUGCUGUCGAUAAAGGAAAGAAUGUGGAAGCUGUACAUUAUGGAAUAAAGGCAUUGGUGAAGAUGAUGGCUGUUUGUGGUACCUAUCAUCGAAUUACUGCAAGUGCCUAUAAUCUUUUAGCUGUGGUUCUUUACCAAGCCGGUUAUGGUAAUCAGGCCACAAUAUAUCAGCAAAAGGCGGUUGAUAUAAAUGAGAGGGAGCUUGGGCUUGAUCAUCCUGACACAAUAAAAAGCUAUGGAGACCUUUCUGUCUUUUACUAUCGUAUGCAACAAUACGAGCUCGCUUUGAAGUAUAUAAAUCGUACCUUAUUCCUUCUUCAUUUUACCUGUGGACUGUUUCAUCCAAACACUGCAGCGGCUUAUAUAAACGUGGCUAUGGUGGAAGAGGCUAUAGGAAAUAAUGAUCUGGCACUCCGGUACAUACAUGAAGCUCUUAAAUGCAACAUUAGAUUAUUAGGACCAGAUCAUAUACAGACUGCUACAUGCUAUCAUGCCAUAGCCAUAGCUCUUUCUUAUAUGGAAGCAUAUUCUCUUAGUGUGCAACAUGAGCAAACCAAUCUUGAGAUACUUAAAAAGAAGCUUGGAUCAGAAGAUAUUCGUACACAGGAAGCAGCUGCAUGUCUUGAAUUUUUACAAUCAAAAGCUCUAGAGCAGCAAGAAGCUGGCAAAAGUGGAAGUUCAAAAUCAGAUGCAUCCAUUGCAAGUAAAGGUCACCUUAGUGUGUCAGAUCUUCUGGAUUUUAUAAGUCCCGAGCUUGAUUCCAAUAGAAAUGAACAUGCUCAGAGAAAACAGCAGCGUGGGAAGAUACUUCUACCAAUAAGUGACCAAAACCUUCAACGUGAAGAUGCACCAAGCAAUGUGGGUGUUGUCUAUGAUGGCUUGGAAUAUGCUACUGGUAUGGCAGAAAACGAAACAGAAGAAAGAUCUGGCAUGGUGGAUUAUGAGAUUCUGAACAAAAAUGGCAAUAAUGUCCCUAUGUAUAGUCCACCAGUGUCAAGUGAAUCUAUUCACCAGGAGGAGAUAUCAUCAGAUGAAGGCUGGCAAGAAGCCAAUUCAAAAGGGCGAUCUGGGAACACUGCGAAUCGCAAGUUUGGCUGCAGAAGUUCUCAUCUCUCAAAGCUGAGCACUACUGUUAUCAGAAAAAGUCCACAGAAAUCAAGUUCAAGAGUCCUCUCAAAAAUAUUAUCUUCAUCUAGGCAAUCAAAGCCUGAAAACUUAGCUUUCAAAGAAGAUUCUACCGGUCAACUAAGUCCAACAAAACCUACUAGAGCCAAAAGUUCUGGUAGCCCAGCAGCUCUGAGCUUUAUGGCUUCAAAGUCCAUAUCUUACAAAGAAGUGGCUGUGGCACCUCCAGGUACAGUUUUGAAGCCCUUGUUGGAGAAAAUUACAGUAAAUAUCGAGAAUGUAACAAAGGGAGAUUAUUGCCAAGGUGAAAGCCAACACGAGAAGUCUUCAUCAGAAGCUGAGGAGGUUUCCGUUGCUUCUGAUGAUGCAAGACAUACACAAAAAAAUGCUAGCAAGAUUUCAGCUGCAGCCAAACCAUUCAAUCCAUCAUCAGGAACACUGUCGAUACUUGAUCAUUCAGAUUCAGGUUCUGUGACAAACUUACAUGAUGCCAAUGCUAGUCAAGGCAUGCAUGUGGAAACCAGGGACAGGAAUGGAUACGGGGAUACAAGAAGAAUCAUGAAUCCACAUGCACCAGAGUUUGUUCCCAGAAAUGCAUUGCAAAUGGAAACCACUGCUAAUGUCAGUAAGGCAGAGAUAGCAAGGCAGAUACUGUUUAGCUUGCUUGUCAAGUCAGCUCAGCAAAAUAAUGAUUCUUUUGCUGAAUGUAAUGAUGAAAAGAAUGCGGUGAUGCCUCAUUCGACUGAGAAAGAAAAAGAAAUUGACAUGAGUAAGCAAAAGAAUGGAGAUGGUGAAGGAUUUACAGUUGUGAAGCGGAGGAGAAGAAGCAGGAACAAGUUCACAGAUGGAUUGUAUAGCCAGCAGAGUCCCAUAUGUGCUUCGGUCCUUUGAAUAGUGUGAUCAUAUCAGCAUGAAACGUGUCCCCGCCAAAAUCUGGACAUCAUUUGGAUAACAAAUUCAUGUCCUAGAAAAUUUUCUUUUCGGUCGGAUCGAUAAGAAUUUGUGUCAUAUACACGUUCUCCUUUUGCAUUCGUAUGUCUACAAACCGUGUCUUACUGCCUUAGCAUUCUGUGAAUGAGGUUUUUUUUAUUUUGUGGACACAGUUGAUGAAUUUGUUCCUCUUGUGUUGGGCUUGUUAAUCGUUUAAUGGGAAAAUUUAUGAUUUUGUUAUCAUUGUCUAUUUCUGUAUUAUUGAAGUGUAAGCUACAUCUAAAUAAGUU